AUGCAUUACAUUCCCUCAAAAUCAUUCCAUCCAUCACCCCUGUUUUUUUUCCAUUACAUUCCCUCUUCAUCCUUCAUUAACAACAUCACAACCCACCACCGUUGCUACCACCCACCACCACCGUCAUCCGCUGUCGUCACCCACCUACCGCCGCCACCCACCUCCGUCCCCGCCACUGCUGCCGUCCCCGCCACCCACCGUCGCCACUACCACCUCCGAUUAUCACCACCACCCACCUUCGAUCAUCGUCGCCACCAUUGCCACGACCACCUCCGAUCACCGCCACCACAGCUAUCAACCGCCACCACCGCUACUACCUCCGACCACUGUCGCCGCUGCUACCACCUCCGACCAACCCUGCCACCACCAUCGCCACCGCCGCCACCUACCUCCACUGUCAUCCACCACCACCACCACCGUUGUCACCAUUCGUUGUCGUCUCCACCCACCACCACCGCUGCCGUUACAACUGACACCUAG